AUGUCUAGUUCUUUAUUGUUGAGACCAGUCACCACUGGUGCUCAAUCGAGACUACUACUGAAACUUUAUGCGCCAUUGCGCCAAAGAUCAACACUGUCACCAUCCUUGGUAAAGAUGCAUUCUGAAUUAAAGAUUGAUGAAUUGCAAACAGAUAAUACCCCAGAUUAUGUUCGUUUGGUCCUGCGUUCAUCAGUAUACGACGUCAUCGAUGAAUCACCAGUAACUGCAGGGGUUGGUCUUUCCUCUCGUUUGAAUACAAAUGUUCAAUUGAAAAGAGAGGAUCUCUUACCAGUAUUCUCAUUUAAACUACGUGGUGCUUAUAAUAUGAUUGCUAAAUUGGAUGAUUCACAAAGAAACCAAGGUGUCAUUGCUUGUUCCGCUGGUAAUCAUGCUCAAGGUGUCGCAUAUGCCGCCAAGCAUCUAGGAAUUCCAGCCACUAUUGUUAUGCCAGUAUCUACCCCAUCUAUUAAAUAUCAAAAUGUAUCCAGAUUAGGAUCCCAAGUGGUUCUUUACGGUAACGAUUUUGACGAAGCUAAGGCAGAAUGUACCAAAUUAGCCGAAGAACGUGGCUUAACCAAUAUUCCUCCGUUUGAUCAUCCUUACGUUAUUGCUGGACAGGGUACUGUUGCUAUGGAAAUCUUAAGACAAGUACAUAAUGCUAAUAAGAUUGGUGCUGUUUUUGUCCCUGUUGGUGGUGGCGGUUUUAUUGCUGGUGUAGGUGCUUAUUUGAAAAGAAUUGCUCCUCAUAUUAAAGUCAUUGGUGUGGAAACAUUUGAUGCUGCUACAUUACAUACCUCUUUGAAGCAUAACAAGAGAACUCCUCUACCUACUGUGGGUACAUUUGCUGAUGGGACUUCUGUCCGUGUUAUUGGUGAAGAAACCUUCAGAGUGGCCCAACAAGUGGUUGAUGAAGUGGUUCUUGUGAAUACUGAUGAAAUUUGUGCUGCCGUGAAGGAUAUUUUUGAAGAUACCAGAAGUAUUGUAGAACCAUCUGGUGCAUUAGCAGUAGCAGGUAUGAAGAAGUAUAUUACAAAUUUACAUCCGGAAAUUGAUCAUUCAAAGCAUACAUAUGUACCAAUUCUAUCUGGUGCCAAUAUGAACUUUGAUAGAUUGAGAUUCGUCUCUGAACGUGCUGUUCUUGGUGAAGGUAAAGAAGUUUUCUUGUUGGUUACGCUUCCAGACAUUCCAGGUGCGUUCAAGAAGUUACAGAAGGUUAUCCAUCCAAGAGCUGUCACUGAAUUUUCUUACCGUUACAAUGAACAUCGUCAUGAAAGUACUAGUGAAGUUCCAAAGGCAUAUGUUUACACUUCAUUCAGUGUUGUUGAUCGCGAGAAGGAAAUUAAGCAAGUUAUCCAACAAUUACAUACCUUAGGUUUUGAAGCAGUUGAUAUUUCAGACAAUGAAAUGGCCAAGUCCCACGGUAGAUAUUUAGUUGGUGGUGCCUCCAAGGUACCAAACGAGAGGGUCAUUUCAUUUGAAUUCCCAGAGAGACCUGGGGCCCUAACCAAAUUCUUGGGUGGUUUAAGUGAUUCUUGGAAUUUAACCUUGUUCCAUUACAGAAACCAUGGUGCCGACAUUGGGAAAGUGUUAGCUGGUAUUUCUGUCCCACCAAGGGAAAACUUGACGUUCCAAAAAUUCUUGGAAGAUCUAGGAUACUCCUACUAUGACGAAACUGAUAAUAUGGUAUACCAAAAAUUCUUGAAGUACUAG